AUGGAUUUCAGAAGGUCCAAGUGAGGGCUUUGAAUACACCUACAAGUGGCACAGUGUCAUUUGAGCUGUCUGUCAGUGUUGAUAUGGCUCCAGUAGUGCAGAUUCUGGCCUUCUGUGUGCUGCCCAGUGAGAAUGUAGUUGCUGCUAGUGCAGCUUUUGACACUGAAAUGUGUUUCCAAAACCGGGUGUCUCUGCAGUUUUCUCCACCUACAGCUGUUCCUAGUGAGGGCAAUGUUUUGACUGUCUCGGCUCAAGCAGGAUCCCUGUGUGGCCUCAGCGCUGUUGAUCAGAGUGUCCGGAUCAUGGAGCCAGGAAGACGUUUGAGUGCUGAAGCGGUAUCCAUGUGCAGUUCAUUAAAUUCUUGUUAGACUUGAUUUGACAUC